UCAAUGUUUUUGACAGUGCACAAGAUAACCUACGUAGGACAAGGUGUCUCUGAAACUGGUAAGAUGUCAAAUACACAAUUCCAAGACCUUGGAAUGUCAUCGGAAAACGUGACGGAAUACAGAGCGUUACAGCCUGGUGAUCAGCUGGCAGUUGAAGGAGAGAUGCAUGGCAUUGACUAUUAUCACCACGGUAUCUUCAUCAGCCACACGGAAGGAAUAAUCGAAUACGGUGGAGAAAACAAAGCAAAUGCGAGGGUGAGGCAAGUGGAUUUGAUCCAAUUCACCGGAUAUGGAAAAAGAAGAUUGUUAAAAAUUACAUACCCAGACGAUCAGUGUCUGCCUCCUUAUGAAGUGGUAGAAAACGCCAAGAAACUCCUGGCUAAUCCAAAAGAAUGGGGAGGAUAUAACGCCCUAAAGAAUAACUGCGAACACUUCGCAAUGAAAUGCAAAACAGGCAUGGCCGUCUCAAUUCAAGUUAUUGAAAAACUAAAAGAAUGCAUCAAGAAUCCUUUCCAAGCACUGAGAUAUUCCGUUGCUUCGAGUUUCGGAGGUGGUUCUAGCAUUUCGUAAUCUUUAUGAAAUGUCUCGAGAAGAUUAUGACAAUUGAAAUUUUAGUAUUCUAGUGUGUACUCAUUUUCUAGACAUGUGAUUCUGUAUUUUCUGUAAAUUCUAAUUUCAUUCAAAAUGUACACACGUAUAGAUUUCAAAUUUUUGACGAAUUUGUACAUAUUUCAUUCAUUGGUAGUAAGAGUAUUAUUACGUAAGAUAAAUAUUUAACUAAACUUGGAAGGUCUAUAAUGUUUGCUUACUAAAACAACCACCAUCUCCUUUACAAUGUUUAGGCAUAAUGUUUAGCCCUAAAUGACGAUUACAA